AUGCAAUAUCAAGAUGCAGAAGAAAUGGGCAGGGAAGAGAAAGAAACCCCUCUGGCAACAUACAAGGCAAUCAACAAGGAGGCGGCAGAAAGACAAAACAAACUAGAAAGGCAAAUGGAACAGAUGGGAAAAAUGCUAAGCAAACUUUUGGAAAAUG